ACACUUCCUGGUUGGAUCUCUUUCGAGGCGUCUUGUGACUGAUUUUUUUUUUAAAUUUACCUCCGUCCAAACCACCGGAGGGACCCUCAUACAAGAAUCGGCAGGAGUCGUUAUUACCGGGCCGGACACCCGGUACUUUACCGUAAACAUGCCCGGUCGAAGAUAAGUACUUAAAGUUUCUGAAAAAGACGAACCAUGUGGAGAGUCCAGAGUCUGGUUGGCAGAGUGCUGCAUCGUUGCCAUGGCAGCAGCUCCCUGCGACUCCCCCAGAACCACCAUGUGGAGGACGAGGUCAUCAGCGGCUCGGCGGUCCUCUCCACCUCUCGACACUCCUCCGACAGCAGCUCUCAGAAAGAGGAGGAUGGAGAGAGGAGGAGGAAGCAGAGGAGCUUUCAGUUCGGUUACGCCGAGCUUCCACGUUACACAGCCUUGGAUGCUGUGGGAUGGGGUACAGCAACGCUUCUGUUCAUGCAGAUCUGCAGGAGGAUCCACUCCCAGUUCUCUUCAAGCUCUGAACCCAAUCCGACCCCUGGAACCUUGACAGCAACUUCAACUCUGCACAAGUGCGGCUAUCGCAUCCUGCUUGAGAUCUUGUCUAGACGUGAUGUCCUGCCCAGAGGAAGGAAUGUGUUUUGUCUGCAGGAGGUGCCCGAGAGGCAGAACUAUGAUCAGACUUCAGCUCAAAGCAGCAGCAGCAACAAUAGCUCUCAUAGCAGCAGUGAGCAGGACCAUCUGACUGCUGACAGCUCCAUCGCUGACCACCAGAGGGCGCUCCUGACCCAGGAUUCACUUGUACCAGAGGAAUCACUUCUGUCAGCAACCUGUUCACAGCAGAAUGACACCAACAGAGACACAGCAGAGAAAACGGAUGCUGCUAGCGAGGAGAUAUUGUCUGAUGAAGAGAGGCUGACAGAAGCAGCACUGAACCUGAGACAAGUGGGAGACACCAGCGUUCCUGUCAUCCUCAACAUCAUCGGUCUAGAAAGUGCCAAGAGGGACAACUAUGAGGAAGCUUUCACCUGUUUUCUAGCUGCAGCCAAUCAGGGCUACAGUAAAGCUCAGUUUAACACAGGGGUGUGCUACGAGAAAGGCAGAGGAGUCAGCAAGGACAUGGAGAAGGCUCUAUAUUAUUACAAGCAGGCAGCAGCUGGUGGCCACAAACAAGCUCAGUAUCGCUACGCAAAGCUGCUCCUGACCAGCAGGGGGCACCAGAGUUUAGAGGAGUUGGACGCUGCUGUCAGCUUCCUGGAACAAGCCGCUGCAGCUGGACUCACCAAGGCUCAGGUCUGUCUGGCUUCAGUCUAUUCUCAGGAUCCAGUCAGAUAUGGGUGCAGGUCUGUCGAGUAUCUGAAGAUGGCAGCAGAGAGCGGAGACAACACAGCCCUGCUCUUCUUGGGUCAGUGCUAUGAGAGCGGCUUUGGUGUGCAGCAGAAUUUAAGGACAGCCACUGAACUCUACAAACGAGCUGCUCAAGCGGGCAACAAGACAGCUAAGAGCUUGAUAACACCUCCUAAUGACACAUACAGUAAGGCAGAAGAUGCAGCGUUGCGCUCCAUCCGUUCAGCUCCGUGUUUCUCUGUAGACGACCGCCAGCUCCAGCAGCAGCUCUCCUCUCUGGCCACUCGUGCCCUUCCUUCUACCAGUCGCCCCAAAACGCUGCCUCUCCUGCCUCACUCCUGGAGCACCGGGAGUUUGUGCGUCACUCCAUCGUUGUCCACAACAUCUCUUCACCUCCACCCCUCCAGCACUGAGAGAGGAACCUGCCAGUGGACUGUAGGGAUCGGAUAGAGGUCCAGAGGCAGCACAAGCCAAAUGGAGAAUGUAUGUCAAGUGAAUUGACAGUGAAUUGUCGCCUAAAGGCAAAGGUCAUUGUGUGUUAGGUGUUGUGAAGUCUGGAUUAGAGUGAGUGGCUUUUGUACUUGGUCAGGUGUGUGUGUCUGGAUGAAAAUGUGUUGGUGUUUUUUAUGCAUGGAAAAGCUGUUGAGCACAAGGUCUUACAAUAUUGUGGAAUCAGAUGAGAAGCUUUCAAACAUAGUGUUUUAUUAUGAGCUUUCCUGUGGUAAAAGUUCUCCAGUACAUGGAAAAAAUGUGAUCUUGGUGCCUUUGGGUGGGUUGAGAAUCUCAGAUGGUUCCUUGUUUUUCUCUUUCUGCUAAUGUGGAAUAAGUCACAUAAAAGCAGGCGUAGAGCAGCUAUGUCUCCUGUCAACUAUUACACACAUGACAAAGUGCUUUUUAUUGAUGUUUUAUUUUAAGCUUCAACAGUAUAUUAUGUUCUUAGAUGAAAUGGUUCUUUCAUAUUAAAAGAACGGUUUCAGAAGACACUACUGCAUGCUUUGUGAUAGCUCAAACUGUUAACUAGCCAUGCCAAAGUGAAUUAUGAUGCACUGAGAGGAGGUUGUUAUAUUGUGAAAUGCACAUAUUAACAAAAUAAAAGAAAAAAACCCUAAAAA